AUGCUCGUAGACAUUCAGGCACUACGAGCUUCUUUGCAGAACAAGAAGUUCCACCAGAAAGAGCAGUCAUUGCUGAAGAUGAUUCAACAAUGUGAAGCGAUCCAGCUUCAGCACCAAAACCUCCUUGCAACAGCCAAGGACCUCGCAGAAGUCUUUCAGCUGAAGGUGGGUCCUUUCCGUUUAGCGGCAACAGCAUUCGACACAGUAGCUUUCAUCUCUGAGCAACUUGCACUCCAGGCUGGAGGCUUUGCUGAAGAGCUGGUCAUCACGCGGCGUGGUAAGGCAUUGCCAAGAGAUGCCACUCUUUCAUCACUUGGGAUCUCAAAAAAGUCCAAAUUGGCCUUCACGAACGUGGGCUUCUACAUCAAUGUAAAGACCAUGACAGGCAGGACGGUUUGUGUGGCUGGGAUCGACCCUAGCACAACAACAGAUCAACUGAAGUUGCUUAUUCAAGAGAAGGAAGGCAUACCUCCAGACCAGCAGCGUUUGAUCUAUGCUGGAAAACAGCUUGAGGAUUGUCGCAUCCUUGCGGACUAUGACAUUCAACAAAAGGCAACAUUGCACCUGGUCUUGCGUCUUCGAGGGGGCAUGUAUGAUGAAAUCUCUGGUCGCGAAGGCUUUGAGGAUUUGAAGCUACAGACCUCACAAUGCAACGAAUCUGAUCGGGUGGAAGAGUUGCUUGAACGCUUGGAGACAUUGCAGAAGAAGAACGAGGAAGUACAGAAAGAGGUGGCCAUGUGGAUGUCGAAGGCCAUGUCUGGUCAUCGAGCCUGA